AGCACGGGCUGCGCGCCCCCUCAGCAGCUGUCGCUCGGCGCCAUGCGGGGCUUCGGGCCAGGCCAGACGGCGAGGUGUCUGCUCUUGCUGCGUGUCUCCCCGCGGCCGCCGCGGCCGCCCGGACCCCGGCUGUCGAGCGGGCCGGCGGCGGCGUCUGGUGCCCUGGAGCGGGCCAUGGACGAGCUGCUGCGCCGCGCCGUGCCGCCAACGCCGGUCUACGAGCUGCGCGAGAAGACGCCGGCGCCCGCCGAGGGCCAGUGCGCGGACUUCGUGAGCUUCUACAGCGGCCUGGCCGAGGUGGCCGAGCGGGCCGAGCUGCUGGGCCGCCUGGCGCGGGGCUUUGGCGUGGACCACGGCCAGGUGGCCGAGCAGAGCGCCAGCGUGCUCCAGCUGCGCCAGCAACAGCGGGAGGCGGCCGUGCUGCUGCAGGCGGAGGACCGGCUGCGCUAUGCGCUCGUGCCGCGCUACCGCGGCCUCUUCCACCACAUCAGCAAGCUGGACGGCGGCGUGCGCUUCCUGGUGCGGCUGCGGGCCGACCUGCUCGAGGCGCAGGCCCUCAGGCUGGUGGAGGGGCCGGACGUCCGGGAAAUGAAUGGGGUGCUGAAAGGUAUGCUCUCAGAGUGGUUUUCUUCAGGGUUCCUGAACCUAGAACGCGUCACCUGGCAUUCCUCAUGUGAAGUGCUGCAGAAAGUCAGUGAGUCUGAGGCCGUGCAUCCCGUCAAAAGCUGGAUGGACAUGAAGCGGCGCGUCGGGCCCUACCGAAGAUGUUACUUCUUUUCUCACUGUUCAACCCCUGGGGAGCCCCUGAUCGUUUUGCACGUGGCGCUGACCAGCGACAUCACCAGCAACAUCCAGGCGAUAGUGAAGGAGUGCCCUCCGUCAGAGACAGAGGAGAAGAACAAAAUCGCCGCCGCCAUCUUUUACUCCAUCAGUUUGGCCCAGCAAGGACUGCAAGGGGUGGAGCUGGGAACGUUCCUUGUAAAGCGAGUCAUCAAGGAGCUGCAGAAAGAUUUUCCUCACCUGGGGACGUUUUCAAGUCUGUCGCCUAUACCUGGAUUCACCAAAUGGCUUCUGGGGCUUCUGAACUCACAAAUGAAAGAGCUCGGGAGGAACGAGCUCUUCACGGAUUCGGAGUGUAAAGAACUCUCUGAGCUCACUGGUGGCCCCGCGAAUGAGACGCUCAAGGCCUUUCUCGGCAGCCACGAGUGGGUGAAGUCUGAGAAGCUGGUGCAGGCGCUGCAGGCCCCGCUGAUGCGGCUCUGCGCCUGGUACCUGUACGGGGAGAAGCACCGGGGCUACGCCCUGAACCCCGUGGCCAACUUCCACCUGCAGAACGGGGCGGUGAUGUGGCGCAUCAACUGGAUGGCAGACCCCAGCCUGAGAGGCCUGAGCGGCUCCUGCGGCCUGAUGGUCAACUACCGCUACUUCCUGGACGAGACGGGCCCCAACAGCACCGCCUACCUCGGCUCCAAGAGCAUCAAAGCUUCCGAGCAGGUCCUCAGCCUGGUGGCCCAGUUCCAGAAGAACAGCAAGCUGUAGAAGGAAACCUCCUAAAGCCUACGUCCCCGGCCCAGGGCUCGGAAAAUGAAAGUUUUCUGGAUGGGUCGGGGUCGUGCAUCAGAAGGGGCUUUCUGAGUAAAGCCCGAGUUGACCCAUGUCCUCUUGCUGGUAGGAUCACGCUGUGAGGCCGGGCCCUGGCUUGCACUGCCUGGCACAGGCGGCGGUGGGUGCAGGUGCACUUGGUUUGGGCAGGGGCGCUGUGCUCUCUGCAGAGACCCUGCUGUGGCCUUCGGCCUGGCCCCUGCCCAGCGCUGGUGCUGGAAGCCCUGCGUGCUCAGGAAGCUCCACAGUGGUGCUCCCAGGGCAGAUCUGUCGGCCUCCCAAGGACCAGGGCGAGUGGUCCAGAUGAGAACAGAUUUUACUUCGAGCUUCUAGAAUGUAAUUUGGCUAUGAUUGCUUUAGCCAUUUCUCUCCAUGCAACAAAAAGGGAUAUAGGGCUGUACUACAUUUUCCCAGUUAAAUCUUACACCUUGAAGUUCAUAAAGAUAUGAAAGGGUCUGUGACUUGGCACAAAUGUAGUAAGUUAAAUCACUGAACACAAAAGCUGUUGCUGCUUGAGACAUAAGUUGGAUUAUGGCCUCUAAAAUUCUAGGGAUUCAAGUUCAUAAUGAACCAAAUAGUAAAGAACAAGUUUGUUCUGUAAAGCAUUAAACAUAUGAUUAUUUAA